UCCUGGGGCGCGGGACCAGAUGCGGGCUCAGAGCCCAGCCGCGGAGGGGCUCAUGGCCGGGAGCAGGAGCCGGCGGCCGCCGCGGCACGCCGCGCAGAGCCCUGCAGGGAGCGGCCCGCCUGGCCCGGCCGGCUCGGCUCUGUCAGCCCGCACGCGCUCGCCGCCUGGCUCGCCUGGCUCGGCUCGGUCCUCCGGGCUCGGCGCGGUGCGCGGUGCGCGGUGCUCUCAGCCCCGGGAUCUGCAGGGAUCCAUCGUCCGGCCGGGAGGCGGCGGGAGGGGCAGGGGGGAGGGGAGAGGGUGCGCGUGCGCGCCUACGAGUGUCUGCGAGGGUGUCUCUGGGCCGGUGUGCGGGGACGGGACCGUGGGCUCUCCCGGCUGCCUCGCCCCCUCGUCCCCGCCGCUCUCAGCGGCGCUGCCUCCCCCUGGUCUGGAGCCGUCUCCCUGCCUAAAGAUGGAUACCACAAUGCUGAAUUUGCGGAAUCUGUUUGAGCAGCUUGUACGCCGGGUGGAGAUUCUCAGUGAAGGAAAUGAACUCCAAUUCAUUCAGUUGGCAAAGGACUUUGAGGAUUUUCGCAAAAAGUGGCAGAGAACAGACCAUGAACUGGGGAAUUACAAGGAUCUUUUGAUGAAAGCAGAGACUGAGCGCAGUGCUCUGGAUGUUAAGCUGAAGCAUGCACGCAAUCAGGUGGACGUAGAGAUCAAACGGAGACAGCGCGCUGAGGCUGACUGCGAAAAAUUGGAAAGACAGAUUCAGCUGAUUCGAGAGAUGCUCAUGUGUGACACAUCUGGCAGCAUUCAACUAAGCGAGGAGCAAAAAUCAGCUCUGGCUUUUCUCAAUAGAGGCCAACCAUCGAGCAGCAAUGCUGGGAACAAAAGACUGUCAACCAUUGAUGAAUCUGGUUCCAUUCUAUCAGAUAUCAGCUUUGACAAGACUGAUGAAUCGCUGGAUUGGGAUUCAUCUUUGGUAAAGACUUUCAAACUGAAGAAGAGAGAAAAGAGGCGCUCUAGCAGCCGACAGUUCAUUGAUGGUCCCCCUGGACCUGUAAAGAAAACUCGUUCCAUUGGUUCCACAGUAGACCAGGGGAAUGAAUCCAUAGUUGCGAAAACCACAGUGACUGUUCCCAAUGAUGGUGGGCCCAUUGAAGCUGUGUCCACCAUUGAGACUGUGCCAUACUGGACCAGGAGCCGAAGGAAAACAGGUACAUUGCAACCCUGGAACAGUGACUCCACCUUGAGCACCAGGCAGGAGCCACGAACCGAGACAGACAGCUCCGGCACACCACAGAAUACUGGAGGGAUGCGCCUGCAUGACUUUGUCUCUAAGACAGUUAUUAAACCAGAAUCUUGUGUUCCAUGUGGAAAGCGGAUAAAAUUUGGCAAACUCUCUCUGAAGUGUCGCGACUGCCGUGUAGUCUCUCAUCCAGAAUGUCGGGAUCGCUGUCCACUGCCCUGCAUUCCUACCUUGAUAGGAACACCUGUCAAGAUCGGAGAGGGAAUGCUGUCAGAUUAUGUGUCCCGGACUUCUCCAAUGAUCCCCUCCAUUGUUGUCCAUUGUGUGAAUGAGAUUGAGCAGAGAGGACUGACUGAGACAGGCCUGUAUCGGAUCUCAGGUUGUGACCGCACAGUGAAAGAACUGAAAGAGAAAUUCCUCAGAGUUAAAACUGUACCCCUUCUCAGCAAAGUGGAUGACAUCCAUGCUAUCUGCAGCCUACUGAAAGACUUCCUUCGAAACCUCAAAGAACCCCUUUUAACUUUUCGGCUAAACAAGACUUUUAUGGAAGCAGCCGAAAUCACAGAUGAGGACAACAGCAUAGCUGCCAUGUACCAGGCUGUUGGUGAACUGCCCCAGGCCAACAGAGACACAUUAGCUUUCCUCAUGAUUCACUUGCAGAGAGUGGCUCAGAGCCCAGACACGAAAAUGGAUGUUGCUAAUCUGGCCAAAGUCUUUGGGCCUACAAUAGUUGCUCAUGCUGUGCCCAACCCAGAUCCAGUGAUAAUGUUACAGGACACCAAACGUCAGCCCAAGGUGGUAGAGCGCCUGCUUUCACUGCCCCUAGAGUACUGGAGUCAGUUCAUGAUGGUGGAACAAGAGAACAUCGACCCCAUGCAUGUCAUUGAAAACUCAAAUGCCUUUUCAACACCACAGACACCAGAUAUUAAAGUGAGUUUACUGGGACCAGUGACGACUCCUGAGCAUCAGCUUCUGAAGACUCCUUCAUCCAGUUCCCUGUCACAGAGAGUUCGCUCCACCCUCACCAAGAACACCCCCAGAUUUGGGAGCAAAAGCAAGUCCGCCACCAACCUGGGACGGCAAGGGAACUUUUUUGCUUCUCCAAUGCUCAAGUGAAGUCACGUCUCCUGCUACUUCCUGACACUCACUAACUGCAAGGAAGGGCGCACCUGUACUCUGCACUGCAGCCUCUUGCAUUCACUGCUACUUUUAGCAUUCUUCAGGCUUUUAAUCAAGUUCAUUGUGCAUGAGGGUUUUAUUAAAGCUACAUAUAGCUCCCUCUUCUCAAGUAAAAUAAUAUCAACACCUUGUGCUGUCUUUUUGGGAAACUUUUGGCUGGUAGAUCUGAACAAGGGUAGAAGGGGAAGUAUGAAAUUCAUUGCAGUUCUUUGGGGGCUCUUGGGAGUUCUGGGAUAGCCUUCGGCUUAAAGCCAAGUGUUUAUGGAAUGACCUUUCUCUGAGGUAAUGACAGAAACCCUGCCUCUUUGGUAAGAUUGAUUUGUUUCAGGGUGAAGGUAGGAGGGCAGGGAAGAGGAAGGUUUGGACAGAGGUUCAUUAUGAGAACUUGAAAUUUCCUUUCUCCCAUUAUAAAGUGAGACUUCGACCCUCCAUAAAAUGUGUUAGUAUGAGGAUGGAAGUAGUGGUGGGAGUGUGCUUAGCUUUAAUUUGGAUUGAUUAGGCCCCAUAGUGUUCAGUGGCACAGCCUUGUACAUGUGCUGCCACAAGUGUAUUUAUUGUUCAUGGGCUUCCAAAUGGACUUUGGCGUUGGGGUCAACGCCACUUUGUCCUAAAGCUGAGUUCAUUCUGGGGCCUGACCACCAGCCCUCGGCCAGGGGAGCCUGCUAAUAAAGAUCAGUCUCCUAUUAGGCUUCCUCACUAACAUUAAGACUAGGCUGUAAGGAGAGGAUUGGUAAUAUUUUGUGUGGCAAGAAAAAUCACAGUCAUUUUGCACUUUGGAUGCUAAAUCUAGAUAACUGAGAUUUUUCUUCUAUUAAAAUUAUUUUCAUUGUCUGUAAGAGUGCAUUCUCCUAAGGAAUGCUUCUGAUCCAGUGACUCUUGUCUAUAAAAUACA